GACGUUUCAUUACUUUUUAUCAUCGCAUAUGUUAACGCGUUGCCUGUGACAACGGAAGUCUAGAAUUCAGCCGGUCUGUGCGAACGCACUCGGCAGAAAUGAACGUUUCCUCAGUCCCAGCUCCGCUGGCCAACACCACCCUGGAGAUGCUGGGCAGCCCCAUCCUCACCCUGGCCCUGCCGCUCGUCUACCUGCUGGUGUUCGUCUUCAGCACGCCCUGCAACCUGAUCUCCCUCUGGCUCCUCUGCCUGCACGCCGAGCGCAGGAACCCCACCGUGGUCUUCGCCAUCAACCUGUCGCUCACCGACCUGCUCUACAGCGCCUUCCUGCCCUUCCAGGUGGCCUACCACCUCCGGGGCAACGACUGGCCAUUCGGCAGCGCGGCCUGCAGCGUGGUCACCGUGGUCUUCUACACCAACAUGCACUGCUCCAUCCUCACCACCUGCGCCAUCAGCCUGGAGCGGUACUGCGGCAUCGUGCACCCGCUGGGCACCAGGCACUGGCGCACGCCCCGCAAAGCCGCCCUGGCCUGCCUGCUCAUCUGGGCCUGUGUGCUGGCCGUCCACCUGCCCUUGCUCCACAAAAACCUGGUCCUCAGGGUGGAGCAGCUCAACAUCUCCACCUGCUUCGACGUCCUGCCCAAGGCCCACUUCCCCCGGAAGGCGCUGGGGUACGUGUACUUCGGCACGACCUUCUUCCUGUUCACGGUGCUCCCCCUCGUCGUGCUGAUCGGGUGCUACGUCGCCAUCGUCCGAAAACUGUACGGGUCCCGCGACCUGGACACCCCGCAGCAGGCCAAAAGGCAGACCAUGCGCCUCAUCGUGGUGGUGGUGCUGUGUUUCACCUGCUGCUACCUGCCCACCAUCGUGCUCCAACUCCUGCACGCAAUCUACACGACCAAGGGCAAGAGCCUGUAUGUCUACUACAAGCUUUCCCUGGGCGUCAACAGCCUCAACUGCUGCUUCGACCCCUUCAUCUACUACUUCGCCUCCCGGGAGUUUCGGCAGAAGUUUCGCGCGAAGAUCCCGUGCGUCGCUGGGGACCGGGAAGAAACCGCCACCUCGGACCCGGGGAACGCCUCCAAGGGGGUUUCGGGCCAUACGGUGGCCCUGCUGGGACAAUAAAACCGCAGCGCGUUUCCUUUUCCACUUCGCAGGCCUCGCGCCAGAGAGACGCGGCGGCUCUGUAGAAACGAGAAGCGAGAGAACAGGGGGCCCCCAGCCGAAACGCGCUGAGCUGAAGGAAACUUCCCAUCGAACAACUGACACAGCCCUGAAAGUAGGCCUGUGAAACAUUCACUUUCACUGCUUUACAGUAACGUUCUCGAUGUUAAAUCAACGACUCCGAUAAAGUACAUUUGACUUUUUUAUUAGACUCUGGGAGUUGGAACUGACACCAAACACGUCACUGUGGACACUGGUGUUUUUUUUCCGCUUGAGUCAUACAUGCUAGCUUCUCAGCAUCAGUGUUUCACACUUAUACAGUAUAAUUUAAGCUCACUGGUGAGGGAGCUUCUCACAGAAUGCUAACACAGUGCUGUGCGAUUGUAUUGUGUUCUCCUCCGCUGGAUUUUCAGUGUCAAACUGAAGCGAUGUGGUCACUAGUGUCUGAGGCCAUACCUCGUCCUGUCAGAUAAGGUAAGCCUAGCAAGGUAUUCCAUGAACACAGGUGGGAGUAUGCCAGGCCUGAGGGCUCUCUCGGGCUAUGAUACUGCAAAGGAACACAUGGAUGAGCCAAGUUAUUCACCCUAACCUCCUCUUAGCAGCCCAGAAACGUCUGGCUAUUGUCCUGCAAGAGAAAAUGCCUCCUCAGCUGGACAGAACCACCUAUAUUAAGGGGGAGGAAAUUUCUGAAAUGAAAAUUCUGACAUUUGGGUUUAAUGAAUCUCAGAGAUAACAGGGUGGUUAGGUGAUGUUCUGAAUGGAAAGCAAGUAAAUUCCGUGUUUGCUCUAUACACUAUAUCAAACAUUUUCCACAGCCAAGAUUGUGUAUCUUAGCUUGAAAUUAGGCUUUUAAAACAACAUUGUUGUAAGGUUUUCAUAGCAAAGGUUCAAACAAAUCUUCUAUAAUUGAAUAUUAUAUUAUCAAUGAUGCGGUCUUAUUGUGCCUGGUCAUCUGUCUAGACAACCGACAAUUUUUUACAGGCAGCUGGCAAGGUGGAUAGCUAUCUAGCACAAUCAGCUCGCUAUCUUGGUUAGCUGUUAUAUCUGUGAUAUAUUUUCUAUUCUGAGAACCCUAACAUACAACGUUUUUUUUUCCACUUCAAUGUAUCUUACAACAUUUUGUCGCCGGGCGUCCAUUAGAUGAAUAUUCUUGUAGCGUCCAAUCACAUCACAGUGUACCAAGCCAAAAAAAAAAAAAAAAAAAAAAAAAGGCAUAUUCUUUUCACAUGCAUAGAGUCAUAGAGACACAAGUUUCUGAUCCACCCUGGGGGAGUGAGAGCAUUAAACCUUUUUU